UCACAUUGAAAGUGAGUGUUCAUGAGUGGUCCUCGUGAUCUAUCGUAACGUUUAGUGUGUUUUGUGUAUAUAUUUAUGUCGCUAUUUCAUUGGCUAACCGUUUUACCACACGUGAACGGAGUGUUUACAUAUUGAGGUGAUGCCAGUAAGAGGCAAUAGGGUUGCACAUUGAUUCCUACGGUUGAAUGAUUUUAGUCUACCUGAACCUACCUGUGCCAGAAAUAGCAUGAGCUGGAAGCAUGCUGCAAUGUUCUGCACGAACCGGCCUAUUGAGAUCAUAUAAAAGCUGUCACAUUGGAUGGACAGUGCUCAUAGCGACAAGGGACAGUGGUACUGUAACAGUCAAAUUGUGUUCAAAUUGUUAUUUGAUAACACUGAUAAUUAAUUCAGUAUUUUCAGUAUAGCAUGUAUUUGGAUUUGUGUUGGUGUUGAUCGAAAACCACUUCUAUAUUUCUUCGUGAAUAUUUACAAAGGACACCAACAUGUUGAUUGAAGGAGAUUUGGGUGACACUGUCAUUGAUGAGGCUUCUGUUCCCAUGGCAACACAUCCUGAAGAUUUCAAAGUCAGUAGAAAGACUUGCUUCAUGGAAUCUGAAGGCAAAAUUACAAACCAUAACUCGGAGAAGGAAAAUUAUGAAAAGACAGAAAAGUUAUUUUCCAAAAAUGACUCACUUUUCGAAUCAGAAAAUGAUGAGGAAACUGACUGUUGCAAUAAAUGCAAGUUAAAUCAGAGAAGGAAUAGACCGCGAAAUCAUUCAAGUGACUCUGCGUAUUCUGACAUUAGCACAAGCAGUGAACAGAGUAGAAACAGUAAAGGCACUUUGUAUUCACCAGAUAAAUUCAGACGUUUUAUGCCAAUUUGGUUAUCGGACAUUCUAGAUGAACCUGAAUAUACAAUGGAUUGUAAAGAUAAAACUGGAAAAGAUCGCAUCCACAGACAUGCUGACUCCCUGUUCAGCACAGCCAGUGGCUUUACCAACUACCGUGGACUCCUCAAUCUCUGUAUCCUACUGCUGGUUUUGGCAAAUACAAGACUCUUCCUGGAAAACAUUUUAAAAUAUGGGAUUCUGAUCGACCCUGUGAAGGUUAUUCAUGUAUUCCUGUCUCAGCCCUACAGCUGGCCAAACAUCUGUCUGGUUUUUAGUGCCGGAAUAUUUACACUAGUAGCCUACUACAUGGAGUGCUUGCUAGCCAAGGGCUAUGUGUCCGAGAGGUUUGGUUUUCUUGUACACGCCAUCAAUCUAAGUCUGCUGCUGAUUAUUCCUGCUGCUGUGAUCCUCUACCUCCACCCAUUCCCAGCCUUUUCUUCUGUAACAUGUGGCAUCUGCACUAUAUCAUUCCUCAAACUUGUGUCCUAUGCCAGCGUAAAUAAAUGGUGCCGUCAGAGAAAGGGAGGGGACACAAAGAAAGUGCGAAGAAGCAGGUCUAUUUCAGAAAGUCCAAAGAGUAGUGCUAAUGGACAGGUCGCAGCCAUCAUCACUACCUACCCCGACAACCUCACACAUAGUGACCUGUGGUAUUUCAUGCUUGCCCCGACACUGUGUUAUGAGUUGAACUUCCCUCGUUCUCUGAGGAUCAGGAAACGCUUCCUCAUCAAACGUUGUUUGGAAAUGCUGUUCUUAUCACAGUUGAUGCUUGGCUUAAUCCAACAGUGGAUUGUGCCUACCGUACAGAACUCGAUGAAACCACUACAGGAUAUGGAGGUGUCUCGGGUCCUGGAGAGGAUACUCAAACUGGCGGUACCUAACCAUUUGAUUUGGUUGAUAUUUUUCUACUGGGGUUUCCAUUCAUGUCUUAAUGUGUCUGCAGAGCUCCUCAAGUUUGGUGACCGUGAAUUCUACAAAGACUGGUGGAAUGCUGAGUCUGUAACAGAGUUCUGGCAGACAUGGAACGUUCCAGUACAUCGCUGGUGUGUCAGACAUUUGUACAAGCCUUUGGUGAAGAGAGGUUAUUCCAAACAGCUGGCAUCUGUUCUGGUUUUUGCCAUGUCUGCUUUUUUUCAUGAGUACCUGGUAAGUGUUCCCCUGAAGAUGUUCCGUGUCUGGGCUUUUUUCGCCAUGCUGGGACAGGUCCCCUUGGCACAAUUUGUAAAGAAAUAUAUCCACGGAAAGUAUGCCAACAUGGUCGUAUGGCUGUCGCUCAUCCUUGGCCAGCCUAUAGCCAUCUUCUGCUACGUCCACGAUUACUACAUGAUUAACUUUGUCCCGGUGGCGGUGGCGAACCAGACAGUUACGUUGUAAUUUUGCAGCUUGUCUCGAGCAAAUACUUUCAAAUGUUGUCAAAAUACACAAAUAGUUAUGUAAUUUGAUGUCUUUAUUGAAACUGAUUGUAAACUGUAUAGUUAAAGAAUCGUGUACGUUAUCAGACAGUUAACUGGCUAUAAAACAGCUAUAUUGACAUAGCUAUUGACAUUGACAUAGCUUUUGACAUUGACAUAGCUUUUGACAUUGACAUAGCUAUUGACAUUGACAUAGCUAAAAGUGUCUAAAACUUUCUGAUGUAAAUUAUCUUAAAGGUUAAACUGAUCUCAUAUGUUCAUUAUUUUUGCAUAAUCAAGUGCCAUCGAGUCACAACAUUUAAGUCAUGGGAUCAGUUGUGGUAUUUCAAACAAGGUUUUUUGUGUGAUAAAGUCUCUAGGCUUCUUUACAAGGAUGCACUGAUCUACACCUCAUUUAUUUGUUUGAUAGCUAGUCACGAGAUAUCCAGCAAAAUCUUAUAAAAUCCCCGUUGUUCUAGGGACUACCGCUAUAAAUAGACCGCCUCUAAAAUAGACCACCUGUAUUGAAAAUAAGUGCUUUUAAAACUCCUGUAAUAGUUCUUUUGAGGUUAACCAAUACUGUAAUGAGAAAACAGCUCACUGACUCCCAAAACGUGGUCCCUGAAUACUGGCUCACCCAUGUACAUGUCUGGGCUGUACAAGCCUGAUGUAUUUGUAUCAGUACUUCUGUUUGAGAUCAAACUGAUUUUCAGAUAACAAAGGUUUCAGGUUUACUAAUAGCAGACAUGAUUUUAUUAAGGGGGUCUGUUCUAUACAGGUUUCUAGAUUACAGAGGGGCUGGUUAGAACAGUUUACACAGUCUGAAUUUAAAUCAACAAGGGCUCAGAGUCAGUUUACUUAUUAUAAGAUAAGAUCAUAAUGAUAAUUAUUAUAAGAUAAUAUUAUAAUGAUAAUUAUUAUAAGAUAAGAUCAUGAUGAUAAUUAUUAUAAGAUAAGAUCAUAAUGACAAUUAUUAUAAGAUAAGAUCAUAACGAUAAUUAUUAUAAGAUUUUUUGUUAUCUGUAAAAGAAAUUAUGAGGUUCAUCUCUCUGUUUUUCAUCUCACUAAAGUUCGUUCUUUCCAUUUUUGUAUAUUUUUAUUAGAAUGUAUGGUUUUACUGUCAUGUGGCAGUAUAACAUCAAUUAGGCUGUACCUGAAAUCAUGUGAUGAAAUAUCUCAAAAAAAAAAAUCAUUACAAUCUACAAUUGUGUUCAUGCUUAUACAUGUACCAAGUAUAUGUAUCCCAGGAAAAACUGCUGUAAUGAUGCUGUCUCAUGUACAUGUAUGACAAUUUAUCUUUACGUUAAUAACUUCAGGGUUUUCUUGUUUAUAUCUUCUCUUGCCAAAUAUGAAUCGCUAUGUACAUUAUACCAGUUUGUUGAUUACUAAGUAUUUUUAACCCUUUCACCCCUAUGUAACUUUAAUAGACUCUGCCAUGCAUUGGUAUGGAUGAGUCCAUUGUGGUCUACAGUGGUGAAAAGGUUAAACUUACCAAUUACAUAAUGAUUUUCACUGGAACAGCAUUUUCACAAUUACCGGUAGAACAAAUCUCCAUUUAACAAAAAAGUGGAGAUCGUAUAUUUCUCAAUCAUGUAAUUUUUAAUCAAUCGUGUAUGUCAUAUAUUAAAUGAGUGUAAAUCAUAAUUGUGAGAUUUUAUGAGUACGUUGUAUGACAACAAGCUGUGUAGUAGCUUUGAAUGUAUGGAAAAAUGUAGAGUUCAUACAUAACUUCAAUAAGAUUCAUCAGUUUUGGAUAUACACAAACAAUGCACAUAUUGUCUAGCUAAGACCGAGUGAGCCAUUUGUAUUUUUCACCUGUACAACGAUGUGAUGAAAUUGUAUAUUUCUUUCAUACUGACAUAACAGGAGAGUGGAAUUGAUCUUCACCCUACCCGUAACCUAUUUGAUGCAGUGUGUAUAUGCUUUCUAUCGAUAGGCGAAAUGUCCCGGGUUGAGUGACAAACAAAAAUACACAAUUUCGUCACAUCGUUGUACAGGUAAAAAUACAAAUCGCUCAUUCAGUCAUAGCUUGACGGUUAUCUUCUGUUGGUCUUGAAAUGUACAUUGUUUGUGUAUAAAGUAAAACUUUGAUAUCAUAUGGAGUUCAUCUUGUAUCAUAAACUGUUUUCUUUUGUAUAACAAUUUGUUUUCUGACAUAUUUUUGUGAUUACAUUUGUAUCAUAAUAGUGUAUUAUUAUGAAUCAUAAAUUGUAUAUGAAAUUCUACUUAAAUACGACUUGUGUAAAUACUUUGUCUUUUUAACACACUGUGAUAUAAGUGUCUUUACAUAUACACUUCAUGUAAUAUACAUAUAUGAAUGCUUUUUUUUUAUUGAUUUUGAUCAAUUCUUCUGUAUAAUAUAUAAAUAUGUAAAUUUAUUAUGAAGAAAUCUACUUUGAGCGACACUUAUUGUAAACAUACUCACGAUUUAACUGAAUCAUGUUGCCGGUUUGGUUGGGGACGGUGAUGCCGUCAAUGGCGGACAAACUGUUCAUAUCACUGUCAUGUUGCCGGUUUGGUUGGGGACAGUGAUGCCGUCAAUGGCGGACAAACUGUUCAUAUCACUGUCAUAUGUUGCUGGAUUGGUUACAGUGAUGCUGUAUAGCCGACACACUGCUAGUCUCUCUAACAUUAUAGAUGGUUACAUUCCAUUUGUAUAAACACUGCUUCAGUAAGUUGUAUGAGGACAAAAUAUUGUUGCAUUUGAUUGAUCAUGUAUGUUUAACACAUGUACCACAAACACAAUUCGAAAUAUUGUCAUACAAAGGUGCUAAUUAAUAUGUUUAAUACUGUUCAAUUUGAUAGUACUGCUCAAAUCUUACUUUCACAAUGGUUUAGCCAACUGCAGUUUACACUAACUAUCAUGUAGGUUUGGCUUGUGUGUGAUGAUCAUGAUAAAAUGAUAUUGUCAGCUGUAGCAAUAUACAGAUGCUUUAAGUGUCAUUGUUUACUAGUGGUCAGUUAUUGAAGGUACACGGAUACUGUGGUCAGUCAUUGACUGAAGGUCAGCUAUCACAAUUCAAAAAUCUGAAGGUCAACUGUCACUAUCUACUAGUACCUUGACCUAGUGUCCUUUAUUGCUGUACAAUCAUGAUUUUUAUUUUGGUGCAAUUAUGAGAAUUUCACCAUCUUCGCUGGCCAAGGGUUACGAUCCGGUACAAUCUUCCUACUCUUCACUCUUUGAAGAGUAGGAAGACCGGAUAAUACCGGAUCGUAAUCCAUGGCUAGCGAAGAUGGAGUUACACAUACAACAGCACUUUUUUGUGUAAUUCCAUUCUUAAUCUUGAUCGAAUUCAGUUUACUAAUGAGAAUAUCACAGAAAUUAUCUCAUGACUAUACUAGGUUUCAUCAGAAUUCAUGUAUACCAAAGAUAAUGUGUGUUGGAGUGUUGAAUGUUAAUUAUUAAUACAAGAAUCACAACUGGUAAAAGUUGUAGAUUAAUUGGUCAUUGUAAAUGAUCAACUGUUGGUGUGAAAUUGACAUCAGUUAUUUACAUUUGGCUAUUGAGCUUAAAGCUGUACAUUUCCAUCUGUCAUUGUAAAGGAUUUACUGUUGACACGUACCAUUUGAUUAGCUACAAAUGUAAAUGUAUCGGAGAAUAUUACUAGUGAACUGGUUUGUUUGUUACUUAGUGAACAUUACAGAAACAACAUAUAUUUUACAAGUUCAAUAAAUUACAGAAAAAG